GUAAUGAAUCAAAUUCGAAAGAAGAUUCAGAUGAAAAUUCUCAAGAUAGUAAUACUUCCGAUUUAAAUAUGACCACAAUACCAAAAUUAGUCGAUACCAUAGAUGGCUAUUUAGAUAAUACUAGAAUAAACAAAUCCGUUCUAAUCAACCAAAUAAAAAGAGCUACAAGACAGAUUCGACGAAAAUAUACAAAUGAUUAA